GUCACAACUCACAAGUCACAACUCAGAACCCAACAAAAGACCAGAAUACGACGAUUUCAUUUUGGGCAAAAAAUUGUAGAUAAGAAUCCCAACACACCGUAGCACCCUCUUCCCUGUAAUCCAGCAUCUAAUUUGAACCAAUGGAUGGUACAGCUGCAAGAAAGUCUCAAAAGGCUGACCGAGAAAAAAUAAGGAGGGAUCGACUCAAUGAACAAUUUGUAGAACUUGGCAGCAUUUUGGACCCUGAUAGGCCUAAAAAUGACAAAGCAACCAUUCUUGGUGAUACAAUUCAAUUGCUGAAGGAUCUUACUUCUCAAGUUGGUAAACUCAAAGAUGAAUAUGCUGCACUAAAUGAAGAAUCUCGUGAAUUGGCUCAAGAGAAAAACGAUCUCAGGGAAGAGAAGGCUUCUCUUAAAACAGAUAUUGAAAACUUGAAUAAUCAGUAUCAGCAGCGACUGAGGAACAUGUUUCCUUGGACUGCAAUGGAUCAUUCAGUUAUGAUGGCUCCACCAUCAUACCCAUACCCAAUGCCAAUGGCUGUCCCUCCGGGUUCAAUUCCCUUGCAACCAUACCCAUUCUUUGCUAAUCAAAAUCCGUCUGUCAUCCCUAACCCCUGUUCAACAUUUGUUCCUUAUUUAGCACCAAAUACCCUUGUUGAACAACAAUCUGCCCAGUAUGUAUCUCCACCGUCUCAUCCAGGUACUCGGUCCCAUUUGUCAAGUAAACAUGACACCAGAAACAAACCACCCAGGGAUAGGGAGAGCAAAGCAGAAAAAAGUGAGGCUUCAAAUGAUGUCACCACAAACCUUGAGUUGAAGACUCCUGGAUCUUCUGCAGAUCAGGUUAGCGUUGUUUUCUCAAUAUGGUAACUAUUAACUAAUGGCUGUUAUUGAACAAGUACUGUAUUCAAGUGGUGUUUUGUGCUUGAAUUUCGGGUUUUGCAGGAUUUAUGGUCCGGAAAAAGGAAAUGCAGCAAGCCAUUGAGGUCAGAAGGGAGUUCAUUAGGUAGGUGUUCAUCGUCACAUAGUGUUCAGGACAGCUCAUCAAGUAGUGUCGAUGGUAGCAGAAAGGCUAACGAAUGAAAACGGACUUAUUUAUGCCUCCCUGUAAUCCCUUUGGAAUUUUUCAUUGUUCACCUGCUGGAACAACCCUGAGUUGGUUUUUGUUCUCAGCAGGGUGUAAUGUAAAUGUAAAUACUACCUAAUUGAUGUACCAAGAGAACAUAUAUUACCCAAUUCAAUGAAUCUUAAAGUUUCUCUUGUUGGAGAAAAGAGAUUGGCA